AUGAAACAAGGGUCAAAAGCAAGGGGCAGUGGACUUCAGGUGUUUGCUCGAGGAAUAUCAGAUGGCAACAUCAACCACAAUGACCCCAACGAGAUGCUUCUUCAAUCUAAGCCACCAGCACGCUCAGCUACUCCACACGCUUCCGGAUACGUUCCGAGCCGGCAAGAAAUAGCCGAGUUUGCCAAACUCCCAAUCCCUGGUCCCGGUGCCAGAGCCAUCGCCAGCCCUCGCCCGCAAGGACAGCUGAGAAGCAUCCACCGCGUUGGAUCGCCGGCGGUGAAACGCGGGUAUUCGUCUCCUAAGCGCCAGUCCAUAGAAGCCAAUGUCCAGACUGCCCACCUGCAGCAUGACAUAUUCUCUGGAUCGCAGCUCGGAGAGCACUUUAUGACUUCUGGUUUUACAACCCCGGUUGAUGAAUCUUCGGCUGUGGCUGUCACCCAGCAUCCAGAGAUUAAAGUAGAGGAGCAGCAGUUGCAGCCCAGUCAUCUUCCAAGUCUACCACUGGCUCCUGGCCCAUCAUCAAAGGCCGACGGUCAACAAUUCUCUUUCCAGGCAGCAGAUGGUCGACUCUCUGUUGUUUCCGGGCAUCAACGCUACAAUACCUCACACAUGAGGGACGGAUUUUACGGCAACGACCUUCGACAUGGAUUCAAGGCUCCCGCGCUGCCAACGCUGACGUAUAAUCUCUCAGCAUUACCGAUGCAAGGACAGCCCAGGCUCCCGAUGCGCGGAACCCGCACCAAUCGAGGGCUGUCCUCGCAACCACGCGCCCUUGCCAUUCAAGAAGAGGGUUUUCAAGACGACUUGGUUCAAGUUGACGAUGGGAAAUGGGGAAAUCAGAUAAUGACGAGGAAUGGCGAGUCUGGUCCUGCACACGACUCUGACGACGAGGUUGAUAAUCUGGGCGGCUUUGCCGAGAGGAUAGCCGCUUCCGGGGUCCGGAGACCCAGCGGACUAGGCACCAGACCUGCACGAGACGACGCAAAGUCCAACAAGGUUGCACAAGGCUUUUCUUCCAGAGACAGAAAGCAUAGCCGACCCAGCGUGGACUAUGACGAUGACGUCUUGAGUACAAUGACAUUUCAAAAUCUAAUGGACGAACCCUUUGACCUUGUGCCACGGAUCCGUGGGGCAAGCAAUGAGGAAACAAGCGCAACGAACCUCGCAACAAGACUUGAGCUCAUCCAAAGUCAGGGAGACCACGAGCAACGUCAGCUCUUUAAAAACAUGACCAUCGACGAGUGGGAGGACGCGGGUCAAUGGUUCGUGGAUCAGUUCGCAAGCAUCAUGACACGCUUGCGAGAGGCUCGGCGGGGAAAGCGACGAACAGUCGAAGCCUUUGAGGCGGAAGCAUCUCAGCGCGAAGAGGCCAUCCGUUUGCGGACCAACGUCAUUGACAAAAAGCUGAACAAGAUGAAACGAGACGGGCAACGCGUGGUGCGCUACAAGGAGUUGUGA